UUCUAUACUGCCCCCUAAUCUUUUCGCAUUUAGGAAAGGCAUGGGUACCAUAGAAUGCCUCUCAACUUUCAUUGGUAACAUCUAUCAUUCCUUCAAUAAUAAAGAAUAUUUUGUUGCCACUUUCAUAGACAUACGGGUUUGACUCUGUUAAUAUACAUAUUCUCGUUGAUUAUAUUAUCUCUUUAAAUGCCCCUCCGGAAUUCGGCAAUAUAUUACUCUCCCUUUUCAAUAAAAGGAAUCUCGUUUCCUCUUCUUCAUUUGGUUCUUCUUGUUCUCGUUCUACAUUCACAGGUCUCCCACAAGGAAGUUGCCUCAGUCCUCUUCUUUUUAAUAUAUACAUGAGCCUUGUUGCAAAAAAUCUCUCAAGGUCUGGGCACAACUGCCUUAUCUACGCAGAUGAUAUGGUCAUCUUUUCCUCUAAUAAAUCUCUACCUCUCGCCAUAGAACGAUUAAAUGCUGCUCUUCAAGAUAUAAAAACCAUUUUAUCUGGUGUAUCUCUGGAAAUCGCUCCUGAGAAAUGUAAAUCGGUUAUUUUUACUCGGCGCAGAUAUUUUGAUCCACAUAACACAUACCUAGACAAUUACCUCAUUCCUUUUGCUACAACCGUAACUUAUUUAGACAUUACCCUUGACACCAAACUGCGUUGGAUACCUCACAUAUCUUCACUUUCUCUCUUCACAUCCCGUUGGUCAAACUUCCUCAGGGCUGUAUCUAAUACCUGGUGGGGAUCCAAUCCUUCUAGCUUGCUAUCCAUCUAUCGCUCUAUCAUACGUUCUAAUUUGGACUAUGGUUGUUUUCUUUUCGGCUCGGCCGCCUACUCCAACUGGAAAAAAAUUAAUAUGCUCCAAUCGUCCUGUCUUAGAACUAUAAUGGGAUAUGUUAGGUCUACCCCUGGUAGGGCGAUAGAAGUUGAAACCUUCUGUCCUCCUUUUAAUAUUAGAUGCCGAUGGCUUGCAGGAAAAUUCAUUUUAAAAUCUUUAGCUCAUUCCAACCACAUUAUAUUCGAUACCUUCUAUUCUCUAUAUAUCACUUGGCGUUAUACACCCAAGUCAAUGCCGGUUCUAUCAAUUGCUGCAAACUCUCUCUCCAAUUUUCACCAAUUUGUCUUAAAUUCUUAUAAACUUCCACUCUAUGAGCAACCUUUUGACUCUCUCCUUUAUACCCCUUUAGUCCAAAUUGACAAUUUUUCUAAUUUUUCACUCGUUGAACUUAAAUCUAUGUCUCCUUCUUUUGUUAAUAAACUUUUUUCCAAUUUCCUCAAUCUUAAUUACCCCAACUUCACCAUCAUAUACACCGAUGGUUCAGUGUCUCCUUUAUCAGCUGGCUAUGCCUUCUAUAUUCCCGAACUUCAUAUUUCUUUCUCUAACAAUCUUCCUCCUCCUCGUCCUCUUCUCACUGCUGAAUGUUACGCUAUUCUCGAAGCUCUUCUUUUCAUUCUGAUUUAG